CCUAUGUGAUACUUAUAGGUCUGAAAUCUUAUUUUAAAGUUUUACGAAACCGUAUAAUACUCGUGACGUUAAGACGCUGCUGCAAUUGGCCACAAUUCGUUAGCUUUUUUGCUCGGAGAGCUUUCAAACUACGGCUUCUUUAUAUGAGGAUUAACUCGCUGACCUUGGCUGUUACUGAAGACCAAAACUAAAGAGUUCUUCGCAUAUUAGCAAAUGCUAUUCAUUGUCAUACGAGAAAAAGGCAACGAAGACAGACACAUUUACGAGUCUGAACAGGGUGCGAAUUUCCUACGGGAAAAGUCUAAAGAAUGAAACAAGGAAACAACCGAAUAAAGAUAAUAAUAUUGAAGAGGUCUGUUUCUAAUUGUAGAUAAGGGUUGUUUUCGGUUAAGCUAAUGAUUUUUACGUUGCACCGAAUAAAAUGUGGGGCAGUUGUAGGGUCUUGUAUGUAAUCAGAUUUGAACGGUGGCGUCGGCGUCUACGACGCCAUCAAGAAAAGGGAUUUCUACAGGAAUAUAUUAUUAUGUUAAAGGUAGCCGAGCGAUAGCGAAUUUGUCCGACCAAAAAUAAGGGUAACAGCUGUAGGAAUAUAGGGAGUGAAAGCUCGAGGAAGAUGCUGCUGGGACUUGGGGUGGCAGCAGUAGCAGUAGAUUUAAGCUCGCGCUAGGGGUACGUUUCAAAACGCGUUCAACAAUGGGGCACACCAGUAGUACAACUGACAAUUUUUCAAACGGCUGAUUUCAAACUAAUAAAGCAGGCACUAUUUUUUUUAUUGUUACAUACAUAGGUACCCCAAAAUAAUAAAUUAAAUAAUUCUAUAAUGGAUUAUCUAACAAGUUUUUACGGAUGUGUAUUUUUUAUGGGGUUAAUGGGCAAUGGAUGUUUAGUUUUGAUGUUGUGCUGCGGACGGGGGGCUCGGAUGAGAAGCCCCCUUCUAUUGGGCCUAGUAUUUGCCGAUUUAUUUGUCUGUUGCCUCAGUGGACCCAUCACUGCUGCCAGAUACGUUAUUACUACUUGGACACAACCUUGGGAACGACUGGCGAUAUUCAUGCAGGAAUGGCCAGUUUCGGUAAGCACGUUAUCAAUGAUGGCUCUUUCGGUGGAUCGCUACUUUACAGUAAAAAACUACAGACCAGCACGACAAGUUGUUCAAAGACGAAAUCUUCUGUUGUCUGCAGUAAUAUUUACGUGGGUGUCUUCAGCAGCCAUUUCGAGUCUUCAGGUGUUUCAAAAGAUUUCAUGGAAAAGAGUUAUGGUGAUCGCUAAAAUAAUCGUGGUACAUUUGAUACCAGCUUGUGUGGUUUUUGCCAGUCAUUUAGGUGUUCAUGCAAAACUUACUGCUUUAUCCCUUACAGCCCGAGCCAAACAUGGGGAACUACCCCUUCCUAUGCCCCUUCUCAGGCGACCAACAAAUGUUAUUAUUGUAGCUGGAAUUUCCAACAAACCGAACGAACCGGCGUCCAGUAAAGCAAUUCGGAAAAAAGAUGUGGACGACGGCGAUAGCAACGACGAACAGCCUAUGAAAAGUACAUUGCGAAGUAGACGAAAAUUGGCUAAUGCCCUAUUGUUCAUGGCGACUUUAUUUGCCUGCUGCUGGCUGCCACAUGUCGUCUGUUUAAUUUGUACCGAAUUGAAUGUGUCUCCGACGAUACUUGUACAACGUUACAGCUUGUUCCUUGGCCAUGCACAUUCGGCUCUGAGUCCAAUUUUCUAUUGGAUUUUAAAUCACAGAUGGCUGAUUCCUCCAUGUAAAAUUCGAUUUCCAGCUUCCAACAGGCACAUGGCAUCCUCAACGAACGAGGCCGCCCUGGGGCCCUUCAAUCCGCGUUUUGUAAGGCCUCCACAUCAAGCGCGACGAUGUUCGUCUCAUUAUCUUUAUUGACUGUGAUAUCUCCAUUUAACGAGAUAACUAUCUCAGGGUGAUAAUAUUUUCAUGUCGGCUAUUUUUUCAUCUUUUCACGGCCUUUGUCACCGUUGGUAGAGUUCUAUUGAUUAAUUGUUGAAAAAAUAUUAACUGAACCUCAAUAAAUGAAAGCAAAUUGAAAACCUCCAAAGGGUCCGAAAUUACCUAAAAUGUACCUUUAGGUACAUUCAAAGCAUUUACAGGAUGUCACAAAAAAUAAAACCAAACUAAUAUGAUCCUUCAAAACUUAAUGGCUUUCGCUUAUUGAGGUUUUACAAAAAGUAUUUCGGAUUUUGGAUUUAUAAAAAUAUGAUCCUUACGGAGGAAAAUAAAAAAUGGCCUAAAUUUUAUUUACAAUACUAAUAAUGAGCGAAUCGCAAAACAUAAAAGGUUACAUGCAGGACUCUACCAAAUCAAUACCAAAAAAUUUCGUAAGGCCUUGGGAGAUUUGCCCUUAAUAUGAAAUAGCAAUAUAAUUUAGUAAUACAAUUGGCACAGAACUAAAUGCGCACAAAACAAUUUAACUGCAUUGUUUUAAAAGGUAAUAAAAUGUUUAAAUUGUUUCAUCCUUUUUAUAAUUGAUCGGUAAAUAUUUAUUGAUUUUUGGUGGUUUUUGCCGAUUUGUUUUAAGAGGGACGAUCUCGUUCGUGUUUUUAUUUAUUGUAUAUUUAGAUUGAAAAGUUAGUUGCAUUUCAUUUAUUCCACAAACCGCAAUUUUUUGAUAAUUUUAUUGCACUGAAACUGAUAGAUAUGGCCUACAAUAAAAUACAAAAGUGUAGCUUUUGGUAAUUUAUAAUAAGUUAUAUUUUUAUACAGGCUCCUUCAUUAUC